AUGGCUGCUAAGGUUGAACAAGCACCAUUAAAUCGACAUCAAAUGACAGUAAAAACAAGGUGGUAUUCAACGAAAACAUUUCGUUUAUGCUGCAUGUUAUCAUUGACAUUCAGUUAUUUUAUUGUGGAACUUGUCGUUGGAAAUAUUACAAAUUCCGUAGCACUUGUUGCCGAUGCAUUUCAUAUGCUUUCGGACGUGUUAUCAUUACUUAUUGCAUUAUUUGCCGUACGUGUAUCAAAACGUCGUUCAGAUAUAAAUACCUAUGGUUGGGUUAGAGCAGAAGUUGUUGGAGCAAAUGUAAAUACUGUAUUUUUAUUAGCUUUAUGUUUAACAAUUGUAUUAGACUCUGUUAAACGUUAUAUAGCGCCAGAAUCAAUAGUUAAAGUAGAUUUAUUACUCAUUGUUGGCAGUGUCGGUCUAGGUAUUAAUAUUAUUGGAUUAUUUUUAUUCCAAGGAUUUCAUGGUCAUUCGCAUGGAGGAGGUGGUGGAGGACAUUCGCAUGGUGUUGACAAAAAACAUGGACACUCACAUGAUAAACCAGGACAUUCACACAAAAAAGUAGACAAAAAAGAAGCAGAAAACCAUGAGAAUCACAGUCAUGAACAUUGUCAUGAUCAUGGUGAUCAUGCUCAUAAUCAUGGUGAUCAUGCUCAUAAUCAUGUUGAUCAUGCCCAUAAUCAUGUUGAUCAUGCCCACGGUCAUGCCCAUAAUCAUGUUGAUCCAGCAGAGUCAAAAAAUAAUACUUCGACACCUCGGUCGCCAAAUACUCGCGUAUCCAUCGAUAAACAUACUGACAUACUCGAAAGACUCAAUUCAACUGAAUUCAAAAGACACAGUACACGAGCUCUGGAAGAGGUUAUUUCUGAUGUUGUUACAAAUACUCAUCCACAUCAGUUAUCAACCAAUCGUAGCCCAUCACCUCCCGUCUCCGAUGACUUUUCAGUGGUCGAAAACGUCACAACACGAAGAAAGAAAGAGGCUUCGCUGAAUAUGCACGGCGUAUUUCUUCAUGUGUUGGCUGACGCGCUAGGUUCUGUGGUUGUAAUUAUAAGUGCUUUAUUAAUUAAAUUUGUUCCACAUGACAUUAAUGAUACAAAACACUGGACAGUGUAUAUCGAUCCCACACUUUCAGUUAUCAUUGUUAUUGUGAUAACCUUAUCAACGGUUCCUUUAUUCAAGGAAACAUCAUACAUCCUAUUACAAACGGUACCGAAUCACAUUGAAGUUACGGAACUCAAGCGAAAAUUGUUAGAAGAAGUACCAGAAGUAGAUGGUAUUCAUGAAUUGCAUGUUUGGCGUUUGACCGGUGAAAAGAUAAUAGCUUCAGCUCAUUUGAAUCGUAAAACUUUGUCAGAUUACAUGAAAGUAGCUGAUAAAGUAAAACAUUUUUUCCAUGGUAUGGGAAUACAUUCAACAACGUUUCAAAUCGAAUAUGAAGAAAAUCCUAAUGAACAAAAUCGAUCUUCUGAAUGUCUACUAAGGUGUAAAGACGAUGCUUGCGACACUCAAAUGUGUUGUACCAAAACUUCACUAGCAGCGAGUAGCAGCAACGAUGUGUCAGUAGAAGAUUUAAAACAACAAACUAACAAGAGUAUUGUUCCUAAUCAAAUUGUUGCAUCUCACACUUCUAGUCCCCAUGAACAUUCAAAAACAGAGAAGCAGAACACAGGAGAAAAUGUGACUCUAAAUUUGUAUGAAGAUCCAUCAGGAGAGAAUGAAUCAUUAUAG